UGUGAUGAGAGCAUCAGCCCUCACUGCCACGUCUCCCGGGCAGCUGCGGUGGCGGCGGGCUGCGGGGCUCGGGGCUGGCCGCCGGGAGGGGACCCCGCUGCCGGCUGAUGUCCGAGCCGCGCCGCCGCCCGCGCUUGGAUGUACGUGGGAAGGCUUCAGGAUCGUGGUGUGGGUCUCAGGGAGGCACUGGAAGUGGCUUGGUUCCUGGUCAUGCCCGGUGGAAGGAGGGGACCCAGCCGGCAGCAGCUAAGCCGUUCAGCUUUGCCUUCUCUCCAGACGCUGGUUGGCGGGAGCUGCGGGAACGGUGCUGGGUUGAGAAACAGGAAUGGUAGUGCCAUCAGCCUCUCGGCGCCUCCCAUCACAGCGCUGAUCACUCCAGAGCCUGUCCGUCACUGCCGCAUCCCUGAGCUGCCGCUGGAUGGGAGCCUCCUCUUUGAAUUCCUGUUCUUCAUCUACCUGCUGGUAGCCCUCUUCAUUCAGUACAUCAACAUCUACAAGACUGUCUGGUGGUACCCGUACAAUCACCCUGCUUCCUGCACCUCACUGAACUUUCACCUCAUUGACUAUCACCUGGCGGCGUUCAUCACAGUGAUGCUGGCGCGGAGGCUGGUGUGGGCCCUCAUCUCUGAGGCCUCUCAGGUGGGUGCAACAUCAGUGAUUCACUACCUGGUGCGCCUGGUGCUGCUCACCCUCUGUGGAUGGGUGCUCUGCUGGACUUUGGUCAACCUCUUCCGCAGCCAUUCUGUGCUCAACCUGCUCUUCCUGGGCUACCCAUUUGGUGUCUACGUUCCUCUGUGCUGCUUCCACCAGGACAGCAGAGCACAGCCCCUACCUGCGGACUGUGAUUACUUGGUACAGGACCAGAUGGUGGACGACGGGGCUUCAGCUGUCAGCAGCCUGGUCAAACCCAAAGAUUUCCUGUCUCUUCUGUGGGAAUCGCUGAGGGAACAGUUCAAUAAUCCCACGUCCAUCCCCACCCACAGCUGCCCCCUUUCCCCAGAUCUCAUCCGCAAUGAGGUGGAGUGCCUAAAAGCAGACUUCAACCGCAGGAUCAAGGAAGUUCUCUUCAACUCUCUCUUCAGUGCCUACUACGUGGCAUUCCUGCCACUGUGUUUUGUGAAGAGCACCCAGUACUAUGACAUGCGCUGGUCCUGCGAGCACCUCAUCAUGGUGUGGAUCAACGCCUUUGUCAUGCUCACCACUCAGCUGCUGCCUCCCAAGUACUGUGACCUGCUCCACAGAUCAGCUGCCCACCUCGGCAAGUGGCAGAAACUAGAACAUGGUUCCUACAGCAAUGCUCCACAGCAUAUCUGGUCAGAGAACACAAUAUGGCCACAAGGAGUUCUGGUGCGACGCAGCCGGUGCCUCUAUAAAGCAGUUGGGCCUUACAACGUAGCAGUGCCUUCAGAUGUGUCCCAUGCCCGCUUCUAUUUCCUUUUCCACCGUCCAUUACGGCUGCUCAACCUGCUCAUCCUCAUCGAGGGCAGCGUUGUCUGCUACCAGCUCUACUCCCUGCUGCGCUCAGAGAAGUGGAACCAUACCCUCUCCAUGGCCCUCAUCCUCUUCUGCAAUUACUAUGUCUUAUUUAAGCUCCUCCGGGACCGGAUAGUAUUAGGCAGGGCUUACUCCUACCCCCUGAACAACUAUGGACUGAAGGCACACUAGGCCGGCCACACGUGUACCCUUUUUGUCUUUCCCUCCCCACAGGGCAGGGAGGGAACCUCAGAAAAAAAAGAAAAGAUAUUUUCAUACAGUUCUAUUUUUUUCUUGCAGCGUUUCUAAAUAUUUAAAAUAUUUUAUAUUUUGUAUACUAUGGGUUGUUUUUUUUUGGGGGGGGGAGAGGGGAGGGAACCAGUGGCAAUUAAAUGUCGCUUUAUAAACAAGGUGUUAUUUUAUAUAUAUAUAUAUAUAUAAAACCAAAUCAAUGUGUAUAUACAGUAUAUCUCUACCCAUACAUAUAUCUAUGUGAAGCAA